UCCAAUGAGGGAUAAUGACAACACUCCAUUGUUUGGUGUUAUAUUUAGAUGAUUCUGGUCUGUGAAGUCAUCAUCUGUGUCAGAAAGGCUGCACAGAGCUCAGCUGCACAGAAUUACAGCAUCUCAUCACUGGACAAACCUGCUCCACACUGGAUCUGAAGCUUCACUUUUUGACAGUUCCCUCAAAGAGCAACAUGAAUUCAAACAACACAGUGUUUGGUCAGACUUCAGCACAGCUGCACAGUAAGUUCAUUAUCGUGCAGGUGCUGGUGGUGAUUUUUCUCUGCGUCAACUUGUUGCUGAUCGUGACCUUCUUUAAAAACGAGUGUUUCUACACAACUGCUCGCUACAUCCUCUUUGCUGUGACGUUACUGUCGGACAGUUUCCUGUUCUUAUUGACUGACCUUCUUUUCAUCUUUACUUUUUUUCGGGUCACCAUGUGGGUUUCGUUGUGCAGCGUCAUCUGCAUCAGUGUGCUCUUGUACCUCAUCGUCACACCGGUGACUCUCACAGCGAUGACGCUGGAGUGCUACGUGGCCAUUUGUAUGCCCCUACGUCACGCGGAGCUGUGCUCCACACGCAGCACUGUACAUGUCAUCCUCGUCAUUCACGGCCUCAGCUCUGUGCCAUAUGUCAUAUUUAUAAUUUUUUUUGCUUCAGCAUCUCUUGACUUUUACUAUCAAUACAGGAUAUGCUCUGUGGAGAUUUUCACUGUGUAUAAAUGGCAGGAUCACGUCAGGUCAGCUGUGUUUCAGUUCUACUUCCUCAUCAUGUGUCUCAUCAUCAUGUUGUGCUACGUUAAAAUAAUGAAAGUGGCCAGAACUGCAUCAGGAGAUGAUAAAAUAUCAUUGAGUAAAGGACUCAGGACGGUGACUCUUCAUGCUUUCCAGCUGCUGCUCUGUCUCAUCCAGUUUUGGUAUCCUUUAAUAACGUCCAGUCUGAUAUAUACUAAUUUCACUGACUUCCAACAUGUCCGUUUUUUUUGCUACAUAAUGUUUAAUCUUGCACCGCGGUGUCUUAGUCCUCUCAUUUAUGGCCUCAGGGAUGAAAUGUUUCUCCAUGCACUGAAAAAAUGCCUCUCCUGUGGCUUGUGUUACAGAAAAUGAUGGUUGCUUUAAUUAUUUACUUUUAUUUUUUGUUUUUAGUCUGUUAGAUAAUCUGCUACAUUUGACGAUUAAAUGCAGUAGGAGGUUGUAAAACUGCCAUUUAACACCACAACCAUCUACUUAACUAUGUACAUUACUAUAUACUUCUUGAGAUUUUGUUUGCUGCUUUAGGAAAUGACUGAUAGACCAGAUAUAAAAAGAUUAUGUAACUGUUUUAAUGGGCUGAAAUGUAACCUCUAAGCCACUUGAAUUAAUCUGUGUCUUCUCUUCUGUGGUGUUGUAUGCUUUUGUCUAUUACUGACUGACAUUCAAGGGACAGUUUAUAGUAAAAUGUUCAGAAAAGCAAAUCCCACAAUUAAGAAGCUGAACAACUUGGAAGCUUAUUUUAAUUAUUGU